GGACGCCACGCCCAUAUUAAUAAGAAAUUAAAAAUCAAUCUAUUUUCUCAUCAUCCAAACAGAGGACACUCUAUCAAAUAUCAAUCUAGGGUUUCACUUCUCAACAACAAGUCUUAUUCAUUGAUGUUUUUACGAUUGCCACAAUGAUACUGUCAAGAAUCGGUCGCUCUCUCUCUCGUUCUGCUCGUUCAACAUUACAAAGAAACGUAAUUACCACAGGUAAUUACCUUUUUAAUGCGAGAACUGUGUUAGUUGACGAACUAACUUCGCGAUUUGCGGCAUUAGAGAGUAAUGGCAUACGUGGAUUAGGGAUUGUAAGAGGUUAUUUAUCGUAUUCUGGAGCUGGGAAACAGAUUGUGUCAAGCACGCAGUUGUCGAAUUUGAAUUCUAUUCUUGCGAACCCUAGGGUUAGACGCUUUUUCUGUAGUGAAGCUCCCAAGAAGAGAAAGUAUGAGAAUUAUUACCCAAAAGAUAAGAAGGAAAUUCCCAAGGCAAAUGAGAGUAAAUCGGAGUCCAAAGAGGACUCUGGUGGUGCUGGUGGUGGAGAUUCCCAGAACACUCUGAAGCUGUUUCAAAAUAUUAUCACUCCUUUAUUAUUCCUUGCCUUUGUGUAUUCUUCAAUGUUUUUCAAUACUCAGGAGCAAAAGCAGAUUAGUUUCCAAGAGUUCAAGAAUAAGUUACUGGAACCUGGUCUAGUGGAUCACAUAGUUGUUUCAAAUAAAUCAGUUGCAAAAGUACAUGUGAGGAACUCACCGCAGAAUGCAAAUCAAAGUGGUGAUAAUGUUAAUGGUACUUCUUCCAGAACGAACGAUGGCCAGUACAAAUUCUAUUUUAACAUUGUCAGUGUUGAAUCUUUCGAAGAGAAGCUGGAGGAAGCCCAGCAAGCUCUAGGGAUUGAUCCUCAUGAUUUUGUCCCUGUAACUUAUGUGAAUGAAGUGAACUGGUUUCAAGAGUUGAUGAGGUUUGCUCCAACAGCCAUGCUUCUAGGAGUCCUGUGGUUCAUGGGGCGAAGAAUGCAGAGUGGCCUUGGUGUUGGUGGUCCUGGUGGACGAGGAGGCCGUGGAAUAUUUAACAUGGGAAAAGCACAUAUUACAAAGCUGGAUAAGAAUGCCAAAGAUAAGGUAUUCUUUAAAGAUGUAGCUGGCUGUGAUGAGGCAAAGCAAGAGAUUAUGGAGUUUGUACACUUCCUCAAGAAUCCAAAGAAAUAUGAGGAGUUGGGAGCUAAAAUUCCGAAAGGUGCCCUCCUUGUAGGCCCACCAGGCACAGGGAAAACGCUUCUUGCAAAGGCAACUGCUGGUGAAUCUGAUGUGCCUUUCUUAUCCAUGUCCGGGUCUGAUUUCAUGGAAAUGUUUGUUGGAGUUGGGCCAUCCAGAGUUAGAAGCUUAUUCCAGGAGGCAAGACAAUGUGCACCUAGCAUUAUAUUCAUUGAUGAAGUAGAUGCAAUUGGUCGAGCAAGGGGUCGUGGAGGCUUUUCAGGUGGCAAUGAUGAGCGCGAAAGUACUCUUAAUCAGUUGCUUGUGGAAAUGGAUGGAUUUGGGACCACCUCUGGAGUAGUUGUGCUUGCUGGCACAAACAGACCUGAUAUCUUAGACAAAGCAUUGCUGAGACCUGGUCGGUUUGAUCGUCAAAUUACCAUUGACAAGCCUGACAUCAAAGGCCGAAACCAGAUUUUCCUUAUCUAUUUAAAAAAGCUAAAACUUGAUAAUGAGCCAUCUCAUUACUCUCAGCGACUUGCUGCUCUUACUCCUGGAUUUGCUGGUGCAGACAUUGCAAAUAUUUGCAAUGAAGCUGCUUUAAUAGCUGCAAGGAAUGAGAGUGCACAAGUGACAAUGAAUCAUUUUGAGGCAGCCAUAGACAGGGUAAUUGGUGGUUUGGAAAAGAAGAAUAAGGUUAUAAGCAGGCUUGAAAGGCGGACUGUUGCUUACCAUGAAUCUGGUCAUGCUGUUGCUGGUUGGUUUUUGGAACAUGCUGAACCCUUGCUUAAGGUAACAAUUGUUCCACGGGGUACUGCAGCACUGGGUUUUGCUCAGUAUGUUCCCAAUGAAAAUCUUUUGAUGACCAAAGAGCAGCUUUUUGAUAUGACUUGCAUGACACUUGGUGGUAGAGCUGCCGAGCAGGUUCUGCUGGGAAAGAUUUCAACUGGAGCCCAAAAUGACUUGGAGAAGGUCACUAAGAUGACUUAUGCCCAGGUGGCUGUUUACGGUUUUAGUGAUAAAGUGGGACUUCUUUCCUUCCCUCAGAGGGAUGAUGCGUUUGAGAUGAGCAAGCCCUACAGCAGUGAGACGGGAGCAAUUAUAGACAGUGAAGUAAGGGAGUGGGUGGGCAAGGCAUAUGACUCUACCGUUAAGUUGAUAGAGGAGCACAAAGAGCAAGUGGCACAGAUAGCAGAGCUGUUACUUGAGAAGGAGGUCCUCCAUCAGGAUGACUUGGUUAGGGUUCUGGGAGAACGACCAUUUAAAACUAGUGAGCCCACAAAUUAUGAUAGGUUUAAGCAAGGAUUUGAACAAGAUGACAAGGAGACAGCAAAGGGUGAGACCUUCGAUGAUGAUGGAUCAUCACCGAUAGAGCCUCAGGUUGUUCCUGCAUAGUGAUUGGAAAAAGACAAGUGUAAAUGGUUUAUUUUAUUUUUUCAAAUUAUAGUGCUCACUACAAAUGGAACCAAAAAAAAAAAAAAAGUGUAAGAUUCACUAAAUGUGCUCAUGCUUUGUCGAGGGUUUUCAUUAAAUUCCCAGCAUGAUAUUAAACAUGUGAAAAGCUUCGACACAGCAUAUAAAUCUAAUAGAUGCGAAGCUUUUAAUCUA